AUGGGGAAGCUGAAAAAGAACAAGAUGGUGGACCAGUGUGAAAGGCUGCAGCUGCAGAGUGCCGGCAUCACCAAGUAUGUGGCGGAAGUCCUGACGGGAAAGAGCCAGAGCGCAGUGAGCAUGGCCAGUGCAGCACGAGAACUGGUCAUUCAGCGACUGAGUGUGGUUCGCAGUCUGUGUGAGAGCGAGGAGCAGCGGCUGCUGGAACAGGUGCAUGGUGAAGAGGAGCGGGCCCAUCAGAGUAUCCUGACCCAGCGGGUCCACUGGGCUGAGAUGCUGCAGAAGCUAGACACGAUCCGUACUAGCCUGGUGGACAUGCUCACCCACCUGGACGACCUCCAGCUGAUUCAGAAGGAGCAGGAGGUGUUUGAGAGGACCGAGGAAGCAGAGGGCAUUUUGGACCCCCAGGAGUCCGAGAAGUUACACUUUAACCCGAAGUGCACCCAGAGUCCACUGCUGACCCAACUCUGGGCAGCGGCCGUCCUCAGCUCCUUCUCAGGCACAGAAGAUGUGCGGGUCGAUGAAAGGACCGUCAGCCCCUUCUUGCAACUGUCAGAUGAUGGAAGGACCCUGACCUUCAGCGCCAAGAAGUCCAAGGCCUGUGCAGAUGGCCCGGAGCGCUUUGACCACUGGCCCAAUGCCCUGGCCACCACCUGCUUCCAGUCUGGGCUGCAUGGCUGGGUGGUCAACGUCCAGAACAGUUGUGCCUACAAGGUGGGCGUGGCCACAGGCCAGCUGCCCCGCAAGGGUUCUGGCAGCGACUGCCGGUUGGGCCACAAUGCCUUCUCCUGGGUCUUCUCCCGCUACGACCGGGAUUUCUGCUUCUCCCAUGAUGGGCAGCACGAGGCGCUGGGGCUACUGCGUUGCCCGGUCCGGCUGGGGGUGCUGCUGGACUUGCGGGCGCAGGAGUUGCUGUUCUUCGAGCCCUCCUCGGGCACGGUGCUCCACACCCACCGUGCCCCCUUCCCGGCACCCCUCUUCCCCGUCUUUGCUGUGGCCGAUCAGACCAUUUCUAUCAUCUGCUGACCUUUAGCUGCAAGGAGGUCAGGUCCGCCAGCCCCCCAAUCCUGCCAGGCCACCUUUCUACCCGGGACCUUUACCCAAUGCUAUGGCAUUUGAGGGAAAUGGGGCAACUUUGGGAAAGCUGGCCCGUUUCAGAUCUGGCACGUGGCCUUGACGUGCUGGGUAUCUCCGGGCUACUCGCUAAUCCCGGGGCCCCAGUCUUCCAGCCCACCACCACACCAUGCACCUGCUCUUCUGAGUGUCUAUCUCCUUCACCGCUUUAUCCCGGCAUCCAGCCUGGUUCCCGGAGCACAGAGAACCUGCCACCAAAUAUGCGGUAGGUGGGUGGUCUGGCCACCCAGGUUGGCCGACUCUGGGAGCAGCACUGCUGUCCAGCCCCUGCCCUCGGCUGAGUGUGCCAGUGGAGUUCUCCAGCAGAAAGGCCUGGGACUGAAGCACCGUCAGCCCCUCACUGCCGUGCAUGUCAUCUUUUCCACACAAUGGCACAAAUACCUCUCUAGUUCACCUGGGCAAACGAGGCCUGGAGCUCCUGACGCGCUUUCCCUGAACUGAGGGUUUUGGCGGGGUACCCCCUAAUCCCCUUCCAGGGCCUGUCUAGCACCCCAAAGCCUGGAGGGAGGGUUGGGUGGGAAGGCUCAUGCCUCCAGGUAACCAGACCACAACCCACGCACCAGACAGCUGGCUCGGACCUGGCACCCACGCUCCAUCCUGUGCCCACGGGUGAAGGAUGAGCUUUCCCCACUUUGCUGGCUCGGACCUAAUGGCCUCCUCCCUUCAGGUGAGACCUGGUGUGCAAGCAUCCAGCCAGGGAGGACUGGAGGAGUUAGGGCUCCGACAUUAGGGAACAUCUGUUAUUAAAGGUUUUAAAGGAUUUAAA